AUGUCAUCGAACAAUAACACUAGCAAUACAUUCGCAAUUCUUCAACUUCAAAGUGGUUUUCAAUAUGCAAUCCUUGUUUUAGGUUUUAUUCUGUUGAUUGGUGGUGUAUUAGGAAAUAUUCUAAAUAUAAUUGUCUUCAUUAAUACUGGAAACUACAAGAACAGUGCAUGUUCACUUUACAUGUUUGUCCGUACUUUUCUUGAUCUCAACAAUCUUCUUGUUAGUGUAACUACUAAAAUUCUUAGUGCAGGUUUUCAAAUAAAUUUUACCUUAACGAAUCGAGUUUGGUGUAAAACGCGCACAGCUUUUGCCGAUAUUAAUGCUCUAAGUACAUAUACUUUAAUUUGCUUACAAGCUAUUGAUGCAUUCAUUUGUACUUCUCCAUCAGUUGUUGUACGACAGAAGAGCAAUACUCGAAUAGCACGAUAUCUAGCAAUUGGUACUCUUUGCGUUUGGUUUAUUCAUGAACUACCCUACUACUUCUCUCAAGAUCUUGUUGUUGUAAGAGGUACCCCCAUGUGCAUUACAACAAAUACAAUUUAUGCUCAGUAUCGUAGCUAUGUUGCCGUUCUUGGUAUCGCCACUAUUAUUCCAAUCACUGUGAUUUCUAUUUUUGGAUUCCUCACUGUUCGACAUAUGAAAACUAUUAGUGUAACAAGAUCACUUUCUUCUCUUACAAGACAAACAAUUAGUAUGGCAUUAUCUCAAAUAUUUGCUGUAUUAGUGUUCAAUAGUCCAUAUGCAGCUUGGCAAAUUUACAUAGUCGUUACAGUAAAUGUAGUUAAAGAUACCUAUAGACAAACAGUAGAACAGUUAAUUAGUUCAUUUACUGGUACUUAUGUUUUUGGACCAUUUGCGAGUUCAUUUUAUUGCUAUUGUUUAUCAAAAAGAUUUCGAAAUCAGCUGGUUAUUUCUCUCAAGGAGCUGGUUGGUUGUAUACAUAUGAAUCAAGUAUUUCCAAAUACUCAAAGAAGUGGUACUCAUACUUGA